CCCUAUGACUAGACCCAAUUUGAACUUCUCCCAUGAGAGAGCAGUCACUGUUAGAGAGCAAAUCCCCAAGCACCAAUCUCUCACUCUAUCUCAGCCCAAAACCCUCUCUCUUCUCUCAAACCAAGUUAGAGAGCAGCCACCUCUCUUUCAGGAGGAGGCACUGAACCAGAUAGCUAUCUCUUGCCCUAACUCAAGACCCAUUCUCACAACUAAAAAGAAGAAGCAAUGUACUCUGCAACUCGCUGUGUCAUAGUUCCUGCUCCUCGCUCAAUCCGUUGCCUCUGCUCAAAUGUCCUCUCAGAGUCGGAGCCCUCUCAUUCGUCGCAAAAGAAAAACCUGCACGAGCUCUUCCGACGACCCAAAGUCGAGGAAGCCCUAGCCGAUCUCUUCCAAGAAAAUGACCUGGACACACUGGUUGAAAAGUUUAAGAAAGCCUCUGAGAGGUACCGCUUUCGGUGCACGCACAACAUCUAUGGGUACACUGUGAUGCGCCUCGCAAAAGCCAACAAAAAGAGCUCCAUUGAGGAAAUCCUUGAAGAACAGAAGAAGUAUAAGGCCACAGCAACAGAGGGAUUUCUCAUAAGGCUCAUCUCUCUCUAUGGAAAGGCUGGUAUGUUUGAUCAGGCUCUCAAUACAUUUAAAGAGAUUCCUGAGUUCAAUUGCAAGUGGACUGUGAAAUCGUUUAAUGCUCUUCUCUCCGCGUGUGUUAAUUCGAAGAAUUGCGAACUGGUCUCUGUGCUCUUUCAAGAGCUAUCCACUGCCCUAUCAAUCGUGCCUGAUGUUUUAUCGUAUAAUAUACUCAUGUUUUCUCUGGGCAAGAUUGGUUCUCUUGAUUCUGCAUUUUCAAUGCUUGAAGAGAUGAGACAGAAAGGGGUGGACCCAAGCAUUGUUACUUUUAAUACUCUCCUCAAUGCUUUCUAUGGGGAAGGAAAGUGUGAAGAUGCUGAGAAGAUUUGGGAGAUAAUGGAGAAACGUGGGUGCAAACCCGAAACUACGACCUACAAUGCAAAGAUAAGGUGGUUAGUUGCGGAGGGCAGGACCAUGGAAGCCAAUGAUUUGUUGGGUGAAUUAGGCUCUAAGGGGUUGAAGCCUGAUGCGUUCAGUUUCAAUUGUGUGAUGAAAGGGUUUUACAACCACGGUGAUUUGGAGGAAGUGAAGAGGAUUUACAGAGAGAUGAGAGAUAACGGUUGUUUGCCCAAUAGGACCACAUAUGAGAUGCUCAUUCGUUUACUUUGCAAGGCAAAGGAUUUGAAGAUGGCUGCCGAGUUGUGUGAGGAGGGUCUUAGAGCUGGGUGCUCCAUUGGUGCCGGGAUAGUUCAGGAGGUCGUCGAUGAACUAAUCGAGGAUUCAAAGGUUGAAAGAGCCAAAAAUAUUGUGGAGCUUGGAUCAUCAAAAAGAUACUUACGUGAAAGUUUGAAGAUGCCUGCGGAAGAAGUCUGACAUGCUCUGGUAAUUGUAUCGCAUCAUAAAAUACCAAAUAACCUAGUGCAAUACCAUAGGGGAGAGAGAUAGAUGGUGGGAUCCUUAUGUUGGUCCAUUAUUCACUAAUUAAAGGUUUUUCUAGAGUUUCCUGAAAGGUUUUCCUUUUCAAUCACAGUUUUCCAGAUUUUGAGGGUAUCUCAUUUUAAAUUUCUGUUGCUAAGUAUUUUACUGUGGAUGUGAGAGAAGAAUCGGUUUCUGAGCUGUAUGUAUGAGAAGCAAGGAUACUUGUUUUUCGUUUUUUGUGUUGUAUGGUUUGAACGAUAGACAACUUAGCAUUUUGUCAAGGUAUUUUGAGAAUCUCAUUUUCUUUCUUCCAACUAAAAGUAUUGUCAUAUAAACUGAGCUGGUGUUGCCUGCACCUUUUUCUUUCAUUUUGUGAUUAAGGGAAUCAGUUUAUGGCCCUUUUGCAAAGAUGGUUCUCAAAUUUGUGCAUGUAAAAUUCUUGCCCAUGGAAGUAAGCUUUGUUUUUGGUAACCCAUGUAUUAUCUUCUUAGGUUAUUCUAUAUUAUCGAUUUAGUUGUGUUUUUUUUUUUUUUAUUUGCAAGACAGUUAUACCUUCUUAUUGUAUUGCAUUGCAUGUGUUUAUUUUGAGAGCAUUAUGAGCAUUCCUUUUAGCUAUUCGGAGAACCUUCUUAUGAGCGCAUUUGGAGUAUUCAUCACAUGCCAAAGGUUGAGAUGGAUGAGUGGCAUGACAAGAAGGGAUUGAAUUCGAAAUGAAUACAUUUGGGAGAACGUAAGUAUGGCUCCAAUAGCUGAUAAGAUAAGAGAAAGUAGACUUAGGUGGGAGGGCUAUGUGCAACGCACACCUAGUACUGUUAGGAGAUGCGAGUUGGUUCAAGUGGAAGGCUAAAAAAAGGCAAUGGAUAGGCCCAAAAAGACAUGGUUGAAAAUAGUGAGAAAAGAUAUAGCGAUUUAUGGCUUUGCUGAGGGUAUGAUCCUUGAUAGAGUAGAAUGGUGGACUAGGAUUUGUGUAACCGAUCCCAAAUAGUUGGGAAAAGGUUAUGAUGAUGAUGAUGAUGAUGAUGAUCACAUACCAAAUGUGAACCAUUCAUAUCCUCACAUUGCCAUCAUGGAGUUUGUAAGAUAGUUCCCUAACACUCCUCUUGGAGUAGACUAGUCUUGCUGUUGAGUUGAUGCAUGACUUUGGUGAGUCAAGUUGUCCAAUCAUGAAGGCCAUAAGAGGGCCAAGAAUUAAACAGCUGCAAUAAUCCAAUUUUUGCAAUACUAGGCAAAUGGUGGUGGCAAUUUAGGGAACCCCAUUAACAUCUAUGGAAGGAGGUGAUUUGAAGGAUUUGUGGUUGGCUUAAGGUAUAGCAAGGCCUGCCAAUUUUGGUGAAGGUGGAUUUGUGAAGGCUUAAGGUAUAAUAAGGCCCGCCAAUUUUGGUGGAAAUUCACAAGAGAGAGGUGUUUGAAGGAUUUGUGGUUGGUUGCCCAAAAAAUGACAAGUGAUCGCACCUUUUCUAGGAGGGUUUUGGUGUGAGAAAACUCUCCCCUAAAGGUUCUCGGGUUCCUUUCCAGCCAGAGGUCCCAGAGGAUUGUGGCAAUCGAGGCUCUCCAUAAGAGGAUACCUGAUUUGGCCCAUGGAGAUGACAAAUAGAAAGAGAAUAGAGGCGGAAUGGGCUGCUGGGUGGCCCAAUACCACCCAAAGAGCUUAAGGAUGGAGCCCCAAAGAUGGGAAGUGAGCUCGCAAUGCAAGAUGUGAGCGUUGGUUUUGGUAUUGUUACGGCACAUGAUACAUCGAUUGGGGAAUUGCACUCCCCUCCUUUGAAGUUGGUCUACUGUUAAGACCAUUCCAUGGUCGCAACCCAUUUGAAGAACUGACUUCGCUGGGUAACCACUGUGGCCCAAACUUUGCCUGCUGGAAAAGGACAUAGAAACAGAGAGGGUAUGGAUUCUCUUACUUGCUUUUCAUCAAAAGAACUGAUGCUCAUGAUAGGCACUUCUAGUGAAGUCUCUAUGUAGAUUCAAAGCUGUUUGCAAAUCAUGGGAAGGCCUUCUCUCCUCUCACUCCUCUGUCCCCUCCUCUAUCUCAUCUCCACAACCUUGCUCUCUUCAUUGGAUCAUGUAAUUGUGUUAAGCAAAUAUUAUGUGGUUGGGAUGUCAUCCUUAGCUCUACCUUGGCUGCCAAAGAAAUAGAGUAUCAGAACAGAGACCUGCAUGAUAUAUCUCGCAGUAAUGGCAUGACAGCAUCGCAUGUUGCAGGUAUAUGAUGAGAUGGAAGGCAGCGAUUUGCCAUAGGAAACCCACUAACCCAAAGGAGUUCAUUUGUCUAAUAGAAUUGGAUUUUUUUGGUUUUGAAUAUUGGUUUUCCUUCUACCUCAUCACCUGAAACUUCAAGAUCUUUUUCGACAACGAGGAAAUAUGGAACUUCAAGAUGAGUGCGUAUAUCAUUCGAACCAAAACGCUUUGCUGCCCAUGCAUCAGUUUGUGUAUAAUGGCUUUGCUUGGUAUGGCUUGUGCCUAGGCUCUCUAUAUAUACUGCAUUUUGAUGGGAAGAUUGGGAAGAGUGAUGAUUACGAGUUCAUCCACACCUCAAUGAGUUCUGAUAUUAUGGAGGAACAUCAAUUUGCAUUCCACAAAAUACACGGAUGGAAUGGUCAACUUUCUCAUGUAGUGGGAAUGUUGGGAAAGUUUGAAGACAGGGAUCUGGGUUUUAAGUGAAGUGAAUGGAGGUUAUCAGAGCAGAUUUCAAGGAUUUGGAUUUCAUUGGGUAUGGUUUUUAUCGAGGGCUCUGGACUGAUGCUAGAUUCUUUCCCCACAAUUUGGAGAACAUGAUAUUUGACAGAAGAGUAGCGAGGUAAAGAGGUUGCCACAUUACAAUCAUAUGCUCAAUACUUGUGUGACUCUGUGUUUGUUUUUGUUGGGGAGGGAGGAUGUUUUUAUGAAAAACCAUAUUAGUGCAUUGAAUUGAUGAACUAUUAUGACACUCUUGAGCCUUCUCAAAAACAUGAGUGGAGCCUCUGCAUUUUCCUCCUUCCCUUGUCCCUCUCCAUCCCUCUCUCUGCUUCCUAUCUCCAUACCUUCCUCAACCUCCGCCAAUCUUGCCAAGUUUUUUCAGUCUUCUCUGGUCGGAGCCUUCCAGCCCCAGAGAAACGACUCCAAAGGUGUUGAACGCUGGGCCAAAGAAGUGUGGAGAGAACCAGGUCUGAAAUGCAGGCAGCUGUCUGACGAUGACUUCCUCUUCUCUUUCCCCUCGGCAGACGGUGUAUCCUCCACUCUCAGCAGUCUCUCUAAGAUGUCCUUCAAAGGAAUACAUUCAUCGUGUGGACGCAUUCUUGGAGGGAAGGAAACCACGACGCUGAUUCCCUUGCAAAAGCAGCAGCGGAGAUGGAUGGACUCUAACAGCUCUCCCUUUUUGGCUUUCCUUUUUUUUGCCUUUUUUGGCUUUUUCUGUUCCAAGGAUCUGCUUCUUUUCUCAGGUUGCUGUUCCAAAACAGUAACUUUUCGAAAGAGGCUUUAGAUGCCUUUUUUUUUCUUUUCCAUCUCACCUUGAGCACCUUUUUUUGUGGUAAGCCAAUGUUUUGUACACUCUCUUCUUAAAUUAAAGGUUAACAUGUUAAAAAAACUA